UGUGUGUCAAUUUGUAUGGAGGAAAACAAACAGGGAGGAAAAACAACAAACGAAUUGCAUUUAGAGUGAUUCAUUCAGGGGGGGAAAACUUAUAGCCGAAGGAAUGUGCGGCGGCCGUUGAACUGUUGCGGGAAGAAAUGCAUACUUACAGUGUACCGAUCGUGAAGCACGACAUACGCCACGAAGAGACGAUCCUCGAUGCAAUCAACGCUUUCGAGUAUCUCAACCAGGUGGUGGAAGAUGUGUUUGGCAAGAUCAACGCUCGGAUCGAGCGCAACCGGGCCCGGCUGGAAGCGAUCGAUGGCCGGGUGGAGCAGGUCAGCGCGAGCGUGCGCAAGCUGCACGAAACCAAGCAAGCGAUCAUCAUUUAUUCCCCCAGCCGUUACCCGGCGGCCGACGUGGAUCCAACGAUCGAACCGACCUUCACGCCCACCAACGGUAUCGCGCCGGCCGAAUGUCACUUCCGGCUGCGCGACAAACCCUACCUGCCGUCCCACUCGCUGCAGGAAAAGAUUCAAUUCUAUCACGUGAAGUCGCCGCGCGAAAGCGAGCGUAUCUUUCCGUUCGAAUCUGCCCCAGCCCGGAGCGGGUCGGGCAGUUUGCAGGGUCGCGGGUUGGGCCCAUUCCUGGACACGUUGCUUCUGUUCAGCGAACCGGCUUAUGUGCAGCAGUACCGGGGACAGGAUUGGAAGCGCCCGGUGCGCAAAAGCUCGUCCCACGCGGUGGGAGGCAUUAGGGAGGAAAAGGUGCUUUCCUCCUCGUCGCCGAUCAUACGCAGCCGGAUGAAGAAGAAGAGUCAGGACAUAUUCUACACGCCUUCGCUGAACGACGCUCCGAAGCUGGACGUGCCGAUCGAUCUGCCCGAUCUGCCCGGCAUUGUGAGCAACAUCAAUUACGUGGGCAACAGUACGCUGAUUGCGCCCUCGCUGCAACUGGCCGGCAUCAUCGAACAGUUGCCCUCGCUGGAGGAUCUCACCAGUGCCAUCGAUGUGGCGGACCAUCAUUCCAAAGAGAAGAAGGUGGGCGAGAGUGUACCCGUGCCGGUUCCACCGCUAGCUCGCAGUGCGCCGGAAAGUGUUCCAGCAGUGGCCUCCACCGCAGCUUUGCCACCUCCACCACCUCCUCCGCCUCCGCCUCCACCCCCACCACCACCACCAUCGGUUGUUGAGACAGCGACAGCACCAGCGACCAGCAAACCGGAAGCACCCAAGCAAAAGGAACCACUGCCAGCGCCGGCCGGCAACGCUCAUUUCAACCUGAUGGAAGCGAUCCGACGUGCCGGUGGGGCGGAGAAAGCGAACCUUCGCCACAGCGACCGGCGGGAAGGGGGUGGUGGUCGCGAUGGUGCUGCAUCGUCCGGCGAACCGAAAAGCCUGAUCGACGACUUACACAACAAGCUGCAGAUGCGCCGGAAGGGCAUCUCGGGCACGCGGGAACAACAGGAACCGCAGGGCAACGUGAUCGACCGGCUGUCCGCGCUGAUACCGCCGCCAGCGCCGAAACUCGCCGCGGACGCGUCGGCCAGCGAAAGCAACGAGGAAGACUGGGAGUGAUGGAUGCCUGUGUGUGUGUAUGGUCCCAAAGCUUCCGCUGGACGAUGUUUUUAUUGUUAUUCUAUAUUCUUACAAAGAGCGGUUUCACGUCACGCCGGUAGAGAAUCUUUUUUUUAGUAAAUAAAAUGAAAAUAUUAUCAUGUUAUUCCACCAAAA